UGCUUUCAUACCGUUUGUCUUUUUUCAUUGAUACAAAAGUUGGAAUAUUUGAACAAACAUUGGCCAACUCGAGGGCCGGUUUUAUUUGGAAGCAAUUAUGGCAACACCUCUCUCGAUUCUUCUUCCCUCCGUCGAGUCCCCCAUCAACCCAACUCCCCUCUUUCAUCUCCCACUCCCUUUCGACAUCAAAGAAGACCAAGCUGAAAUCGACCGCGAGUCCGUGCGUCCGAUUCUAGAAUGGCAGAUUGGGCCGGCGUUGGAUAGGUUGGGUUCCGAGCCGAGGCGGGUUUGGAGGUUGUACAGUCGUCUCUGUGAAGGCGGUUCACAGAUGGCGAGUGUAACAAAGAAUGCUUUGAAGAGUAUUUGUGGUGUUGACAUUGAUGAUGAGGUGAGUGCAGCUCUGAUCGUUUCCGCAUAUCGGCUAACAUCAGAUGAUCCAACGACGAUAGAAGACUUUAUUCUCGACAUCAAGGGAGGCCUCAACCCCACCCGUUUCGAUCUAGUGCGCGAUACAUACCGCCUCAUUUCGAAAGCAGCUAGCAACCCCAAGCAAUUCGUUAAAACCGCCAAAGCCCUCUUCAAUCCCCUCGGCCAUCCCCGAUCAACGGAACUCGGUGCGGAUAAAAUAUUGCAAGAGUUUUGCACAUACUGGGCGAGUAACCCAUCAGAAGGCGUGGAGAUGAUUGAGUGGGAGUAUUACUAUGCGGGGAUAUCGGCGGGAUUUGAAUCGGAUGAGCGGUUUGAGAGGAUGAUGUUUGGGUGCUGGCCGGGUCUGGAGAAAAAGGAAGAUGGGAGUCAGGAGAGUAAAACUGGAGAUGCGGGGAGAAGGACAGAUUUGGAGCUGGCAAGAUGUGAGGUGAUGAGAGAUAAGAGAAAGCUUGCGGGUCGUGUGAAACUGUUGGAGGCAUUGGUGAACGAUUCUCGCACCUUUCGAUCAGCCCUCGACCUCUGUCUUUUGCGACAUCCCCCACCUCCUUCCCCACCUGCUCAGCAACCGCUUUGGACGCGAACCUACCUUUGCAACAUCAUAUCCCAAAUGUAUGCACUGGUUGGGUACACCAUCUCCACUACUGACGAAGAUGAACAACUUAUCAACAGUCUCUAUCGGAGAGUACUAAAGGAAGCUGGAUUCAGAGGGCUUGAAGUCAAUGGGAAGGGGGGUGCAGGAGGAGGUGGGGUCAUGGAGUUGGAAACGAGUCUGCGGAAUGCGUUACGGAGAGAGUGCAACUUUUUAGAGUACAGAAUUGUGGCCAGGGUCGCGCAGAUGUGAUCUUCAAAUCCACUUGGCCUUUUACUGCUUUUGUUUCUGCAUAGAGAAGAUGUGGGUGGAAGUUGAAGCGUAUCGCAGUAGGUAAAGGGAAGGAUAAUAGGGGACGACAAGGAAGACACUAAUGGAUUUGCGACACGCUGACGAACCCAGAAUAUUAUUCAAGCUUUGAAGAAUACCAGGAUAAUAGUCCACAUAUAGUUUCGCUCUCGUUUCUAUACAUUUUGAUGCCACAUAUACAGCCGGUCACAUAUUUUC